AUGUCUAAAGUAACAGUAAGAUUCUUCUUAAAUGGAAAAUCGAUUUCAACUAAACCACUGAAUUCACAGGACAAUUUGAAAACAGCAAGAGAGAAAUUAAGUGAAAAGAUAUCUGGUUCUCAUCAAUUCCUAACAAAAGAAGGAGAUUUAAUUGAUAUAAAUGAUGAAGAUUCAUUUACUAUAGAAGAUGUAAUUGGUUCAUCAAGAAUAAUAAAUAUCAAAGAAAAAGAAGAUAAAAAGGAAGUAAAAAUAAAAUUAAAUGACAAAUUAUUUAAAACUAUUGAAUUGGAUAAGAAAACAAAAUUAAGUGAUGUCAGAAAAUCAAUUCAAAAUAUUCCAGAAUCUGCACAUUUCUAUACACUUGACAACAACAUAAUUGAAAAAGAUGAAGAAGAUAUAUUUUUAGUAGAAGACAUAUUAAAUAAUGAUGAAAUUAUUAUUAAAAAAGAGAAAGAAAAUACACCAGCAAUGGAUAUUGUGGAUAUUGGAAUUGAUUUGAAUGGAAAUCCAAAAACAAAAAGAAAAUUAAAUAAAAAUUCUUAUCUUUCAGAUAUAAGAAAAGAAAUUGAAAAUAUAAAAAAUAUUCCAAAAGAUUUUAUGUUUAAAGACAAAGAAGGAUAUGAAAUACAAAAAGAUGAAGAACAGUCAUUAAAAUUAUCAGAUAUUUUAUAUGAUAACAAGAUCAAUAUAACAAUAGAAGUGUCUAACACUUCAUCAAAUGACCUUACAGAUUUAUCUGAACCAAACGCUCCAAUUGAAGGAAGUAUAAGAUUGAAAAAUCAUGAAGAAGGAAAAUUGAAAAUAUAUUUAUAUCCAAAUGAACCAUUUAAUUCAAAGGAUGAGAGUGAUGCAAUUGCUAUUUUAGUUAUUGGACAAACAGGAAGUGGUAAAACAACAUUAUUAAAUAGUUUUGUAAAUGCAUUAUAUGGAAUCAAGAUAACAGAUGAUUUUAGGUAUAUAAUUAUAAAUGAAGAUAAUUUAAAACAGAGUGGAGAUCAAUCUAAAAGUCAAACAAGUGAAGUAACAAUUUAUAAUAUUAAAAGAACAAAAAAAGCACCACCAAUAAAAAUAAUAGAUACACCUGGAUUUGGAGAUACAAGAGGAAUGGAGUAUGAUAAAGUAAUUACUAAUCAAAUCAAAAAAGCAUUUGAAACAAAAGUAUUAGAUUUAAAUGCUAUUUGUUUUGUUGCACAAUCAAGUAAUCCAAGAUUAACAGCAAGUCAAAAAUAUAUACUUGAUAAUAUUAUUAAUUUAUUUGGGAAAGAUGUGAAAAAGAAUUUUAUUGCUAUGCUUACAUUCUCUGAUGGUGAAACACCAAAAAUUCUAUGUUCACUACAAUCAAAAGACUGUGUUUUCAGUACAAUUAUUCCAGAAAUAGAUAAACCAUGGUAUUUAAAAUUUAAUUGUUUAUACAUUUAUAAGGAUAAUACCGAAAAUCCUUUAACACAAAAUUUUUGGGAAUUAAGUAUGAAGAACUUUGAUGAAUUUAUUAAAAAAGUAAAAAAAUUACCAAGAACAUCAUUAGAAAAGUCCAGAGAUGUUUUGAAGAGUAGAGAACAAAUUAAAACUGAAAUUGAGGGAUUAAGAAUAUCGUUAAAUAAUGGUUUAUCAAAAAUGAAUAAUAUAAAAAAUGUAGAAGAACAGAUCGAUUUGAAUCGUGAGAAGAUUAAUAAAAAUAAAGAUUAUAAAAUUCUCACACCAGUACGAAUACCAAUAUUAGUUGACUUAAAACCAGGAGAAUAUGUAACUAAUUGUUUGUAUUGUCAUAAAACAUGUCAUUAUCCAUGUUAUAUUAAAGGAGAUAUAAAAAAAGGUUGUUCUUGCAUUGGUGCUAAUGGAUAUUGUAAUGUAUGUGGGUGUCAUUAUAUACAACAUACAAACUCACCAUAUAGACAUGACGAAAAAACAGAAAUAGAAGAACAAACAUUAGAAAAAGUACUUGAAAGAUAUAAUGAAGGUAAAGAAGGUAUGGCUAGUGCAGAGGCUACGUUAGCAAUAUUGAAAAAAGAAUAUGAUAAAAUUAAAAUAGAGUGUCAUGGUAAACUAAUAAAAAUGGUAGAGUGUAUUAACGUAUUAUCAUCAAAUGCAUUAAAUGGUAAAAUCACUAGUUCUAAUGAUUAUUUAGACCAAUUAAUUGAAUCAGAAAAUGAAGAACAGAAAAGUGGAUAUAAAGAACGAGUUAAAGGAUAUAAAGAGCUAAAAGAAACAAAUGAAAUAAUAGAAUAUAUUAUGAAAAAACCAGAUUCAAAAAGUACGGAAGGUGAUAUUAUUAAAGAACUUGACAAAAUAAAGAAAAAAAUCAACACUAGAUAA